UUAGAUGGAUUGUAUAAGCUACAAGCUAAUUAAUGUGCAUUACUGAAAAUCUUAAAAUUGAUAUAUGGUAUCAACUUUUUUUAAUAUUUCUCUAUUUUCAAAGCGCAUUUAUGAAAGUAUUGAGCUCCAAAACGGAUCGUCAUGCUACUACUUUUCCUACUUCCAAAUAAUCCGUGCAUCACUUUUUUUUCUAAAUUGUUUAAGUAGCUUUAAUACUUAUGUUAGCUUAAAUUGCUAGAGAUAUAUGAUUCAAUGGCUAACUCUGAAACUUUUGAAAAUGUCUAUUUUUUUGGUUCUCCCGACGAUAACGAAACUCGUUUGGCAGCUGAAUGUAUUGAAGUGCAUACCGUCGAAGAACCGAGUGCAAAUCAAGCAGAAUUAAAGCAUGAUGAAUGUGUUCAAAUUGAUGUAGAUCAAAAUUCAGGGCAGUUAAUUUUGUCCCAAAAUGAAGCAGAACUAUUACUUGGUCCUAUUGAAUAUUCCAGCUUGAGUGAGAAACAAGAUGUUUCUGAAAAUGUUAAUACAAUUCCACAUAGUCAUGAAAACGCCCAAUCUAGCUCUCAAUAUGGAGAAACUAUUGGACUAAUAUCAGAUAAAUUACUUCGAAUGAGAAGCAUUCUUAAAAAAUUUGUAAAGACUUCAGAUAAUUGUGAAAAUAAAACUGAAAAUUAUUUGAGUGUUGAAAUGCCUUCACAUGAUGUUGAUACUAAAAUUGAAACCAGUGUAUCAGACAGUGAAACAGCUUUUGAUAACUCUUCUGUUACUUUACUUGUUCAAAAAUAUUCGUGUGAUAAAUGUGACAAAUAUUUUAAUAAUUUUGUAAGUUUAUGCGAUCAUCAAAGAAAAGCACACAAUGCAGUUUCAGAAAUUAUAAAUAACAAUGAAAAUUUAAAUUUUUCAGAGUCCCCUUGUACAGAAAGUAACUUACAAAUUAAUAGUACUGUUAUUAAAGUUCAGAAUGAAAAUUUAACUCGUAUUGUUAUUGAUUAUGAUAUAGCUGAUGAUAAGAGAGAACACCCUAAGUUUUCCGAAAGUCAGGUAUUGUUGCAGGAACAAAAUGAAAUGGCAAAAAGUUUGAAGAUUGAAUAUUGUCAUAUUUGUAGUAGAAUAUUUAAUAACAGAAAAACGAGACUAAAACAUCUAAAGACAGUACAUUCCAUUGUUUCCCCUUCAAACAAUCGUAUUAAAUGUUUGGAUUGUAAUUUAGAUUUCAAGUUAAGGAGUAACUUAAGAGAUCAUCUUCAGGAAGUUCACAAUCUUAAUACAAAACCUGAGAUGUUGUAUUUUUCAACAGAGGAUGCUUUCUUAACCUGGAAGUGCAAUACCGAAAGAGAAAGUUUGUGUUCUUACUUUCCUGCAAGUAAAUUAAAAGAGACAAAUGGACUUAGAUACUACUGUUCACGGUCUGGAAUGAAAUAUUCGAGUGAAAAACAUAGGAAAACUGAAUACCACAGAAUGCGAGGCAUUGGUCGUUCUAUAAAAAUGGGCAUAUCUUGUCCAUCGGAAAUUUUUGCCGAGGUUUCUCCAAAAGGAGUCUUGGUGACAUACCAUUCUACUCAUUAUGGACAUGGAGGAGGAAUAGGGAUUGCACAAGUAUUUCCCGCUGAAAAAGCUGCUGUGGAUGAACUAGUGUUGAAAGGUUAUUCUUUUGAAAAGCUGAUGAAGGAACUUAAAGGAGGUGAAAUAAUGGACAAUACUCAAACAUUUCCUUUGAGAAAACGAUAUUUAAAGUGGGUAAAACAAGUUUUUUCAGCUCCUAGUUUUCACACAAGCUUUUUCAGUGAUGCUGAAUGCAUUUCUCAAUGGGUUCAAAAAUGUUGUAGUAUGGAAGAAUCUCCUAUUCUACUUUGCCAGCUGGAAAAUAUAGAAUGUGAGAAAGAAAAGUUUAUUUUAGUAAUAAUGACAGAAUUUCAAAAACAAAUACUGUUAUCAAACUUCAAGGACCUUAUUUGUGUAGAUGUAUGCAGUAUUUCUAAAAGGUCCUUUAUUGUUAUGUAUGUAAUGGAUGAAUUACAUCGUGCUUUUCCAGUUGCAUAUUGCCUUUGUAAUAGUUUUAGCAAGUAUACCGUAGCCCAGUUUUUCAGUUCCAUAAAAGAGCAUACUGGUAAACUUAGACCUAAGUAUUUAAUUUCAAACAUGAAGCUUAGUAUUUAUGAAGCAUGGGUUGAUGUGAUGGGUGAUAGUCCACAUUGGCUUUGGAGCUACUGGAGCACUAGAAAAUUAAUCAGUAAUCAGCUUAUAAGAUAUGCCAUUAAACAUGAAGAAAGAUGUGAAGUAUUUGAUACCAUGAAAAUUAUUAUGGACUGUAAGAGUGAAGAUGUCUUUACUUGUAUGUUUGAAAACUUGGUGAAAAAGCUUCAUAACAAUGUAAUCUUUGAAAAGUUCAAGGUCUGGUUUGAACAAAGAUUUCCAUCCAACUUUGAUAAGUGGGCUACUUACUGCCGAAAGGACGUCAGUUGUAUGACCAGCCUCCACUUGGAAUCUAUGCACUACGCUAUCGAUGUUGCUUGCUCCAGAGCUACAAAACAAAGGAGUAUGUUCAGGCUGAUCCAAGUCUUGAUGAAGAUCUUACGAAAUAAGAUGAUGGAUCGUAUUCUGGAUUCGUUUGAUGAUGACAAAAUAAAUUUAGCUCUUGAUGCCAUAAAUUUAUACCACGAGAGUUGCGUGACUAUACCGGAAGAGCAUAUAACUUUUAUGUGUGAAAAAUUAUGGAGCGUUCAGAAUGAAGAUGGCGAGAAAGAAUUUGUGACUCAAGAAACUGAAACUUGUCCCGAUCAUUGUGUUUUGAAGUGUAAGGAAUGCAACAUUUGUAUCCACAUGUUUUCCUGCAGUUGUGUGAACAACAUGGUUAAUUCAAAUCUUUGCAGGCAUAUCCAUGCUGUUGCGUUUAAGUUUUUGAAGAAAAAUUCUUCUAAACCACCAUCUCCCUCUCUAUGUGAACCAAAGAAUAAUAAAAAGGAAAUAUCGCUUGCUGACUUUGAAUCCUUAAAGAAGUGUAUGGAUAGUUUAACUCGGGUUAAAAAUACUUCCUUUAAUACUUCACAAAAAAUUGCAUCAGUAAAAAAAUCUGAUUCAUCUCAUAAUUUAUCUAGUUUAGAAAAUUCGCCACAGUUUGAAACACAGGUUUCUAUAAGUAAUUUAGACGAAAGGGAAUCAAAGCAAGCUGCUUUGAAAAAACUCUCUGAAAUUCAUGAGAUAGUGAAGAAUACCGACCUGACUGAUUAUACCUUAAAUUCACUGACAAAACACUUGAAUUUGUGUCAUAAAAUCAUCAAACUCAACAAGGAUGAUCCCUCAAAGACAAAGGAUUCAUCUUCAAUACCUAUUAAUGCUGUGUAUGUUGUAAAACCAAAGAAUUUUACAAAUGGAGAAUCAGUAAAUAAGAAGUGCGUAAAAAGAUUUAGGUUCCCAUCUGCAGAGGAAAGAAAUGCCAAUCUGAAAAAAUUUAAAUACUCACAGCCAAAAUUAUCUAAAAAAAUAGUUAUGCAAACAUUACUAAGGGAUGAAAGACUUGAAGUAAAAAAACUCACUCAUACUCCUCUUAUGAUACAACUACCAAAUAGAAACAAGACAUCAGAAUCACCUUUUCCUACUAAUAUCCAAUUGAAUGUAACAAUGGAUGAAUAACUUUAGUUUCCAUAAUUUAAAAAUGCACUGUUUGUGAUUUUACACAAUUGGCAUAAUAUAAUGCAGACAUUUCUGUUUAGGGGCAUUCUUUGGAGUUCUUUCACUAAAAAAAGUAAUAGUGAUUAAAAUAAAAUAGCUGCAAUAUGCAAAUAUAUAAAUUCAAGCCUUUAUAUUUAAGCACAAUAUAUCAUAUUCAUCAAAUUUUUCUGCGCUUUAAAGUUUGCCAAUUAACCAUUACUUUUCCUCAAGGUGAAGAACAUUGAAACCAAUAAUUGUCAAUUUUUACAAGUGUUUAUGAGAUUAAAUAAUGCAGCAUUGGAUUAACUUUUUAAAUAUUAAGUCACAAUUGCUUUUCCUUUUCACAAAACUAGUUUUUAUCCAUGUUGGCGUUUUGCUUCACUUUCAUGAAAAACAUUAAGAGCGUUAGCCUAAAUAAACAAAACAUAAGUCAUGUUACAAACUUGCAACAGUUAUAAAAAUAGCAUUAUUUAUUAAAAUUUCUUGAGAUAUGAGAUUAUUAAAAUGAGAGUUUUUAAUCUCCUUUAAAUUUUAUGCAUUUUUAAUUUACACAUUCCAAAUUGAGUAAGCAAUAGCAUUUCAUUUGCCAAAAUUUAGUAAGUUGCACUGCACGUAAUCACGAUAAAUAAAUCAUAACUAGGCUUUGUAAAUGUCAUUAUUGUUAAACUUUUAUUUCGUAACAGAAUAAAAUUAAUUUAUGUAAUUGGGUGUACUUUUGAUUCCAUUGGUAUAAGUUUUUAACAAUACUUUUAUAAUAUUUUGGUAAAUGGUUGUAACUUUGACAUCCAACCUUUCCCUUGAAUAUAUUCUUAAAAUUGGUAAUCUAAAAACCUCAAACAAAUUUUCUUGAGGUUCUCGCCAUGUAUUUUUUCUAGACUUCACACAAACUUUUUUUUAAACAGAUAUAGCUUUUAAUUGAAGAUUUGAGAACUUGUCCUUGUGUAUUUCUGGAAAACAAUUUAGCUUCACCCCCCCCCCAGUAAAAAUUGUAUCAGUACAAUUAAUAAUGACUUACUUCACAAAUAUUUUAUCUAAAAUACUGAUUUAUUUUAGCGAAUUUAUUUCUGAUACAUAAAAAUAUACAAUUUAAACUCCUAUUUAGUUGAAAAUAAUCAUCUACAAAUCCAAAAUAUUUACACUUAGCAUUUAUAUCAUUCAUGAAUACUGAAUACCAAGAAUCAUUCAUAACUUCUACAACACAUUUUUUUUAUAAAAAGAGGAAAUAACUUCUAUUUAAAUUUACAAAAGAAAAUAUAAGUUAAAAAACUAAUAUAUCUUAUAUUUUAAAAAUAUUUUCUCAGUUUAUCAGCUUCUUCAGUCAUUUCUUCUGGAGUCCGCCAUUUACGGUCACCAGCCUUAUCGUGUUCUUCAAGCUAAAACGAGAAUAAGAAUGUGAUUUAAAAAAUAUGUGUGUAUUCAAAAAAUAGGUACUAAUUCAUUCUUUGUUACACUUGAUAAUUUAUUUUUAUUAUUUACAAUAGAUUUUUAAAACUAUAAUAAAAGUAUAAAUUUUCCAUUCAAUUAAAAAUGCAGGUAUUAAUUUUUUAUAAGUUAUAUUAAUUUAUUACUACUAAACUAAACUUGUUUUCACAGAAUUUGUAAUGCAUUAAAAUACUGUCAAAUUAUUGUUACAGAAUGUAGAAAUGUUUGAAAAUAUUGUAUAAAAUUAAUUAUUUUAUAAUCUUACUUAUUUUACAAAAUUAUUGAUUAUUAUUCAAUGUGAAUGAAUAUUAAUCCAGUUUUCAGAUUGUAUGCUUAAAAUUGUAAUUAGUUAUUGAUUUAUUGAUUCAUUCAAGACAUUUGGGUUGAAAAACAUGUUAUAAGUAAAGAGAUAAUCUAGAUGUAUUUUACAUUUUUUUUAAAAUAAAAAUUUUUUCAUUCAUAAA